AUGGUCGUCGCUACCAUCAAGUGUGUCGUGGUGGGGGACGGUGCAGUAGGAAAGACCUGCCUGCUCAUCUCAUACACAACGAACAAGUUCCCCUCGGAAUAUGUCCCCACCGUUUUUGAUAACUACGCCGUGACGGUGAUGAUCGGCGAUGAACCCUACACGCUCGGUCUCUUCGAUACCGCCGGUCAAGAGGAUUACGAUCGUCUGCGCCCCCUCUCCUACCCGCAGACCGACGUCUUCCUCGUCUGCUUCUCCGUCACCUCACCUGCCUCCUUCGAGAACGUUCGGGAAAAAUGGUUCCCCGAAGUCCACCACCACUGCCCCGGUGUCCCCUGCCUGAUCGUCGGUACGCAAACUGAUUUGCGCGACGAUGCCGGUGUCCGGGACAAGCUCGCUCGCCAAAAGAUGCAGCCUAUCCGGAAGGAAGACGGUGAUCGCAUGGCGAAGGAACUGGGCGCUGUCAAAUACGUGGAGUGCUCGGCUCUGACACAGUACAAGCUGAAGGAUGUGUUCGAUGAGGCUAUUGUUGCGGCGCUCGAGCCUGCGCCCAAGAAGAAGUCAAGGGGCUGCCGCCUGCUGUAA